CCUGGGGAAAACUAGAAGCCAGCGCCUGUGACGGUAUUUAUAUGGCACAAGCUAAACCCAGGUGACCAGAGGCCUCUUUAGGAGCUGGGAUCACUCCAGCUUCUGGCACAGACAAGGAGGCUCAGGGACCGAAAUCCGCUCCCAGGUAGGGGGCACCAUCGCACCCGCCAUGGCAAGAUCCAGUGUCUUCAUCCCUCUGCUCCUCCUAUUCCUGCUCCCUGGAGUCUCCUCCGACUGCUACACCGGCACAGCUGAGGAGUGCGAGGAGACCACGACCUUCGUGCCCGGGUACAGCUUGGUGGGGGAGGGCAUCGACAUCACCACGCUGGAGUGGACGGGGGCUGACGUGGUGGACACCAGCCUGUGGCGCCGCCCAAAUGGCGCCUGCACCCUGUGCGAGAACCGGCUGCAGGGGAGGCAGCACCAGAGGCUGCCGCUGGCCGUGGUGGACUGGAGGGUCAACAUCUCGUGCAGCUGGGAGCUCAGCAGCUCAGUGGAAGAAUCAGCCGCGGCUGUGAGCCGGGCACUGGCGCUGGAUGUGAACAACGACUGGAUGUCAGAGCUGGGGCUGCCAGAGAAUUCCCAGGGCCCGGCCUUGGCGGGGUCCAAAUCCCGGAUCACCAGCUACGCUUACCAGAAGGAGCUGCAGGACAAGUACAUGUUCGUGCGCCAAGAGGUGCCCUGUGUGUAUUACAGGUUGAGUCUCACCCAAGACCCCCCACUGGCGCCCCAGUUCUCCAGGGCCUUGAGAAGCCUCCCACCCAGCUACGACUCAGCCACAUACUGGCCCUUCCUGGCCACGUACGGCACCCACUACGUGAGCCAGGCAGACCUGGGGGGGCGCGUGCGGCAGCUGACGGCCAUCCCGACCUGCCGGGCAGCGCUGGACGGGCUGACAGCCACCGAAAUCAAGGCGUGCCUGGACUCACAGUUCUUGCAAGACCUGGGCCUGAGUCAGAGCAGCAAGAGGAGCAGCCAGGGCAGGGGGAGCUCCCAGGUGCCCUACAUGGAGAAGCGCAUCCAGGUGACGGGUGGCAACAGCUACUCCAAGCAGCUCUUCUCCACCGAGCAAAACGCCAGCUCCUUCUCGACCUGGAGCGGGAGCCUGAAAGCCAGCCCCGGCCUUGUCUCCUACUCCCUGACGCCCAUCCACACCUUGGUGAGAGCAGGCGACCCCAGGCAGGAGGCGCUGAGGCAGGCAGUGAAGGAGUACGUGGCUGAGCGGGGACGGAGGAGAAGUUGCCCUCGAAGCUGCCCAGAGGGGGGCCAGGCCGACCCCUUGGACCCCUGCAAAUGCUUCUGCUCCGGCAACCCCCUCACCGACUCCACGUGCUGCUCACUCAAGCGGGGCACGGCCCGGCUGAAGGUCCAUGUGCUGCGGGGCAUAAACCUGUCGGGAGACAUAGUGACCGCCACCGACGCCUACGUCAGGUUCUUGUUCCAAGGCCAGCAGCUGCAGACAGCCCGCAUUAAGGAUGAUAACGACCCCAUCUGGAGAGAGGACCUGGACUUCGGGGCGGUGACACUAGAGCAGCCCAAACUGGUAAUGGAGGUGUGGGACAAGGACGUAUUUAUGGACGACGACUUCCUGGGCAGCUGCUACACCUACCUCAAGGUCGGCAAGAACAUCACGCUCACCUGCAGACUUGAACACGGCCAGUUGGAGUUUUACUACACGCUGGAGUGCGGGCCCAACCUGGAGGGCAACAAAUGCCAUGAGUACGUGCCUGCGAGAGGCUCAGGGGAUAGAACCCAGGAGUCCCGGCUCCCAGCCCCCUCUUCUCUAACCCAACAGACCCCACUCCCCAUCUAGAGU